GCUGGGCAAGUGGAAAAGGCAGAGACUUGCAUGCAGCUGUUUCUAGCUAUGGGUGGCCCGCUGGUUCUCCAUCUCCAGCUGUGCCGCACUUUAAUUCUCUCUCUCUCUCUCUCUCCAUAUAUGCAUUAAUCAUGGGGGUAGUCACCACCGGCAGUCUCCUGCUUUCAACGUUUCAUCCCCCCCGCCAGCCUUGAAUUGCAUUCAAUGUACUUCAACUCCAGCCCCCCACCCGCCCUAUAAAAACCAAACUUCUCAUCGGCUCCUACCAUCACAUCUCUCACUUUCUCCUCUUCCAUUCAUUUCCACCGCUAGCAGUUCUUUUCUUCUUCAAUCAGCUUAUUUCAAAGCUACAGCACUAGCAAGCAACCUUGCUAACAAAUUCAUCUUUCCAGCGAGCUUAAUUGCUAGCUAUGGCGAUUGCAAAGGCCUUUAUCAUCGUCAUCAUCAAUGCUCUGCUCCUCCUCUCUCUUCUUAGUACCAACAACGUUGACGCUACCGCCCCGGUUGGUUCGCCGGUGGGACCUACCAUAGAUUGCGGGACGGCAUGCGCUGCCAGGUGCCAGUUAUCGUCGAGGCAGAAUUUGUGCAAGAGAGCCUGUGGAACUUGCUGCGCCCGUUGCAACUGCGUCCCUGCCGGUACUUCGGGUAACGAAGACACCUGUCCCUGCUACGCCAACAUGACAACCCACGCCAACCAGCACAAGUGCCCUUAGAUCUCACUCCCAUUACACCUCCUCAUUCCUGAACUGAUGAUGGAAAUGGCAGGCGGCGCCGGCGGCCCCUGCCUUUGCUUGCUAUAUACCAUGCUCCUGCGCCCUGCUGGAUAUUUAAUUUGAAAAUAGGCUUUAAAAUAAGUUCUUGAUUAUUGUUUCUUUUAAUUAUAAUAAUCUUCGUAGUUCGUAGCUUGAGAAUACGAAUGAGAUGUUUUAUUUCUGUCCAA